AUGGUGGUGUUACUGUCGCUCGCUGAUGGUGUGAAGAGUCAGAACAAACACGGCGCGUCAAGAAUCAUCGUCUUCUCUAUAAAACCGCGUGAGAGGGGCAGAGAAAGAGGGGGGAGAGAGUGGGGAGAGAGAGAGAGAGAGAGAGAGAGAGGGGGGGAGAGAGAGAGAGAGAGGGGGAGAGAGAGAGAGAGGGUGCGGGGGGACGGAGGAGAGAGAGCGUGGGGGAGGAGAGAGAGGGGAGGGAUCGCGGAGGAGAGAGAGAGGGAGCAGGGAGGAGAGAGAGCGGGGAGGAGAGGGAGCGAGAGCAGGGAGGAGAGAGGGCGCGGGAGGAGGAGAGAGAGGGGGAGGAGAGGGAGCGAGGAGAGAGAGCAGGGAGGAGAGCGUGCGGGAGAAGGAGAGCGAGCGGGCGCGCAGAGGAGAGAGAGCGGGGAGGAGAGAGGGUGCGGGGGGAGAAGAGAGAGGGGAGGGAUCGCAGAGGAGAGAGGGCGCGGGAGGAGGAGAGGGAGCGGGGGAGAGAGCGCGGAGGAGGAGAGAGAGGGGAGGGUGGGCUGA